AAGGAGAUCCUCCACCCAGGGACCACCGACCACCCACUGGGAGGUAAGCCGGCCGACGUCUGUCUGUCUGUCUAAUUUUGUCUCGUUCUACCUUAUUCUGUCUGUUCUGUGAGCGCUCAGCCAGGUCUGUUCUGUGGGCGCUCAGCCAAGUCUGUUCUGUGAGCGCUCAGCCAGGUUCUGUGAGCACUCAGCCAGGUCUGUUCUGUGAGUGCUCAGCCAGGUUGUUUGGAAUUUGGGCGGGACGAAGAAGGAGCUGACGAGCUCGGACUUCUCGCCCCGCAGCCCUGGAAGACGUUCCAAGGGUGCUAGGGGCCCGACUUUUCGGGCCCCAAUCUGGGAGAGGAGAAAGAUCCGGACUAACGGCACCUCUGUCUGUAUUUUUGGCUUUCAGAGGGCCCCGGACCUUUGCCACCUCCAUCUGAGAAAGAUCCGGACUAACGGCACCUCUGUCUGUAUUUUUGGCUUUCAGAGGGCCCCGGACUUUUGCCACCUCUAUCUGACUUUUUGCUUUCAGUUUGGUACCAAAGCCGUGCAGCACGCCUGUCUGUUGUUUGUUUGACUGUUGGUGUUGUUUGUUUUCUCUGUGUUCUAAUCUUCCUUAGAACUAACAUGGGACAGUCCCUAACAACGCCCCUAAGUCUCACUCUUGAUCAUUGGAAAGACGUCCACGACCGGGCACACAACCAGUCCGUCGAGGUUAAAAAAGGAAAAUGGCAGACUCUCUGCACAUCCGAGUGGCCCACCUUCGGAGCCGGAUGGCCAGUGAAUGGCACAUUUAAUAAGAUCAUUAUUUUACAGGUUAAAGAUCGGGUCGUCCACGGACAUCCUGACCAGGUUCCUUAUAUUAUCACUUGGGAGAGUCUUGCCUUAUACCCCCCGCUUGGGCGGAACCCUUCGUGGACCCGAAUUGGCCUCCCCUCAACCCCCAGCUUGUCCCCUCGGCCCCGCCCGGUUUGCUGGCCCCGUCUUCCUCUCUCUACCCCACUCUAAUUAAAUCAGAGCCUUCUAAGAAACCUGUCCUCCCGGCAGACUCAAACUCCCCUCUCAUAGAUCUUCUCUCUGAAGAUCCUCCUCCCCCAUAUCGUUUACCUACAGGCCCGGCUGAAACGGAGGAGGCAGAGCUGCCGGCCAGAUCAGUUGCCGGGCCACAGUCUGAUAAGGGUUUCUCCCCUGUCGCAGGGAGAUUGCGCAAUAAGCGCGAGGUGAUGCCAGAUACAACCUCCCAGGCUUUUCCACUUAGACAGGGAACCGGUGGCCAGACCCAAUACUGGCCGUUUUCAGCAGCUGACAUUUACAAUUGGAAACAACACAACCCUUCUUUCUCCAAAGAUCCGGUGGCACUCACCGACCUAAUAGAAUCUGUUUUACUUACCCACCAGCCUACUUGGGAUGACUGCCAACAGCUCUUACAGGCUCUCUUAACCUCAGAAGAAAAACAAAGAGUGUUCCUAGAGGCCAGAAAGCAUGUUCUGGGAGAUGAUGGGCGUCCCACCCAGCUGCCUGAGGAAAUUGAUGCUGCAUUCCCACUUAAGAGACCAAACUGGGAUUUUAAUACAGCCGAAGGUAAGGGACACCUACGCCUUUAUCGCCAGUUGCUUCUAGCGGGUCUCCGAGGGGCUACACGACGCCCUACUAAUUUGGCUCAGGUAAAACAGGUAUUACAGGAAGCAGGGGAAACUCCCUCCGCCUUUCUAGAGAGACUUAAGGAGGCCUACCGUAUGUACACUCCCUAUGACCCAGAUGACCCAGGACAAAUGACGAGUGUCUCUAUGUCCUUCAUCUGGCAGGCUGCUCCAGAUAUCAGGACUAAGUUACAGAGGUUAGAAAAUUUGCAGGGCUAUACAUUACAGGAUUUACUUAAAGAAGCUGAAAGGAUUUUUAAUAAGAGAGAGACACAAGAAGAAAAAGAAGAUAGAGUUCGCAGAGAGAGGGAAGAGAGAGAUAAAAAAAGAAACAAAGAACUAAGUCGAAUCUUGGCCGCCAUAGUUCAGGGCCAAGAAAGGAAGGGAGAUAGGGGGGGAGCUCGAAAGGGGCUGAAGCUGGAUAAAGAUCAAUGUGGCUAUUGCAAAGAGAAAGGGCACUGGGCCAGAGAGUGCCCCAAGAAGCCUGGCGGACCCCGAAAGCCUCGACCACGAACCUCCCUCUUGGCUCUAGAUAAAGAUUAGGGAGGUCAGGGCCAGGAGUCCCCCCCUGAGCCCAGGGUAACGCUUAAAGUUGGGGGGCAGCCGGUUACUUUCCUGGUAGACACAGGAGCCCAGCAUUCAGUCCUCACUCAAGCUUCAGGACAACUCAGCGACCGGACGGCCUGGGUACAAGGAGCUACUGGUGAGAAACAAUACCGAUGGACUACGGACCGCCGGGUUCAGCUGGCUACCGGUAAGGUGACCCAUUCCUUCUUACAUGUUCCGGACUGCCCGUACCCUCUGCUGGGCCGUGACCUGCUCACCAAACUAAAAGCACAAAUUCAUUUUGAGGAAGGAGGGGCCCAAAUAACUGGCCCCCACGGAACUCCCCUUCAAGUUCUAACCCUACAAUUAGAGGAUGAAUAUAGACUAUAUGAACUGGGACAGGACAAGCCACAAUCCCAAGAAAUAGGCACUUGGGUCACGAAUUUUCCACUGGCUUGGGCAGAGACUGGUGGGAUGGGGUUGGCGCUCCAACAGCCCCCCUUAAUUAUACAGUUAAAGGCCACUGCAACUCCAGUCUCCAUAAAACAAUACCCUCUGUCACAUGAAGCUUAUCAAGGCAUAAGGCCUCACAUUACGAGGCUUCUGGAUCAAGGCAUCCUAGUUCCCUGCCGGUCGCCUUGGAAUACGCCUCUUCUGCCUGUAAAGAAACCCGGCACUGGAGAUUAUAGGCCAGUACAAGACUUGAGAGAGGUCAACAAGAGGGUAGAAGAUAUUCAUCCGACUGUUCCAAACCCUUACAAUUUGCUCAGUACACUGCCCCCUACACAUACUUGGUAUACGGUUUUGGACCUGAAAGAUGCCUUCUUUUGCCUCCGGCUGAGCCCGAAAAGCCAACCCUUAUUUGCCUUUGAGUGGAAAGACCCUGAAGUAGGGCUUUCAGGACAAUUAACUUGGACAAGACUGCCUCAAGGGUUUAAAAACAGCCCAACGCUCUUUGAUGAGGCCUUACAUCGGGACUUAGCUGACUUUAGGGUUCAGCAUCCCACCCUCAUACUCCUGCAAUAUGUAGAUGACCUCCUCCUAGCGGCCACUUCUGAAACUGCAUGCCAACGGGGAACUGAAU